CCCAACCAGCGGAAAGAAAACAUGUUGAGUAAGGGAUGACAGUUCAUUUCACAGAAAUGUGCAAGUAUGUUCAUUUCUCAACUUCCCCAAACUGGCUGCAGCGAUAGAGGUAGAGGUGAAACGAAUGAACAAGAAAGAACAGAAAAGACUGAAAUCCUUGAGUUUGGAAGAAAACAGUCUCUCUUCAUGACAUGUCCAGUUAACUGCUGGUGCCAUGGCUGAACACAAAAAAGCAGGUAAAAUCAGAAGGCUUGGAGCCAGUCGGAGGCUACGCCGACUCCAGAAGGACAGCAAAGAAGAUGAAGAAACAGACUCUCUUUGUCCACCAGACAUUUUGGAAAGAGUGCAUGAAUUCUUCCAGAAAUGUGAUGCAGACGAAAAAGGGUUUAUUACACGCAUCGAUAUGCAGAAACUGCAGGAAAAUUUUCCAUUUAGUACUGAAGAACUAGAAAUGGUUUUUGACAAGCUUGACAAGCAAGGGCAUGGCUACGUCACCAAUGAAGAUUUCAUUGCUGGUCUAAAAGAAUUUCUCACUGCUAUGCCUCCAAAACCUGGCUACAGCAAAGCAAAGAGAGCCAGAGAGAAUGUAUUCACAUCUCCAAGGUUUAUUGCUCUAGAAGAAGCAGAUGAUGAAGAACAACAGAAUUUCAAGACCCUCAUGGAUCGACUUGGUGCUGAUAACAUCUUUGAAGACCAAUCAGAGAUCUGGAAGCUAUGGACGAAACUAAGACAAGAUGAGCCCCAUCUUUUAGGAAAUUUGGAGGAAUUUCUGUCUAAAGUAACUCAGCAGAUUCGAAAAACUAAGGAGGAAAAAGAUACUUUGGAAAUGACACUGAAAAAAAGAAUAACAGAGCAUAACACUGAGGUUCACCAACUAUACGAAGAAAUGGAAGAACAAAUUACAAGGGAAAAGGAAAGACUUCAUAAUGAGAGCUACAUGAAAAGCAAUGUUUACAGCAAAGAACUUAAGAAAAAACUAGAUGUUAAAAACGAUGAAGUUCAGCAUCUGUUGGAGGUUCAGACUGAGCUGGAGAAACAAUUAUAUGUGCUGCAGAAUAAAGAACAUGCAACAGUUACAGAAAAUGAGGAACUCAAAAGAACAAAUCGUGAGCUGGAAACAAACCUAGAGGGAAUUGGACACCAACUUCAGGAGGCCCAGGAGAGGCUGAAAAUCCUGAGAAGUGAAGCAGCACAACAACAUGUGGAUCAGCAGCAGCAGACCCCCAUAACCCAAGGCAGAGAGAAAGAUGUUACUGAAAGCAGUCUCCAGUUCAUAAAUCCAGAGGAAAUGAGUCAUUACUCAACAACUCCUGAGGAGAGAAGGAAGCAAGCAAUAGCUACAGAACUAUCAUUCCAUUCUGAAGGACCCAUGCUUGGUGACUACUUCUCAGAUACACUUCUCUCAAGCCAUCCAUUUUUAAUUUCUGGUGAUGCCAACUCAUCUCAUCGCCACAGAAUUAUCUCCAUAGAAGAGGACCCAUUACCAGAAUUCAUAAGAGGCUAUAAUGAUAAUCAGCCAGAGGCACCUGUGGAGAAGCAUUUAGAACAAGAAGGAACCUCUGAAGUAGAAGUGACACAACAUGAGACAUCUGGGCAAGAAAUGCUAGAUCAUGAAAUUCAAGAAAAAGAAUUACAAGCAAAUUAUGAGCAAGACACACCAUCUGAAGAAGUCUUGUUAGAGAAAAUUGAUGAUUACAAUGUACUAUCAGAAGAAGCAACAUCAAUAAGGCUUCUUGAUGAUCAUGAUGUGAUAUCAGAGGAAUUCCACGGUGCAACAUUAUUGCCAGACAAAAACAACACACAUGAGUUGGUCCUGAAUGAUAUCAGGAAGGGAAUUUUAGAAGAUGAAGACACAAAACUUAACGACAAAGGUAUGCUGGGAAUGAACUUACUGAAUCAAGAUGUAACAAGCUUUGAUAAGGAAGGGUCCUUGGACAGCAUUUCCAAAGAUACUGCACCUGAACAGGAGCUUUUAGAAAAAAUCAGUAGUCAUGAAAUAUCACCAGAAAGUUUUACUGAACACAGAAUGUUAGGAGAGGGUAUUCCAUCACCUGGAGUACACAAAGGCAAAUCAUCAUCAAAUGAGUUUUCUAGUCAUGAAAGGCAAGCAACUGUAUCUGUUGACAAUGAACCAUUUUCUGUUGUGCUUUCAGAAUAUGAAGAACCACCACAGAACACUCAGAAUACUGAAGUGUUUUCCAACCAGAAAAAUAAAUAUCAAGGCAUACUAGAAGGACACACUCAGAAAUCACCAUCCGUAAAUGAUGAGGUCACAGAAACAAUUACUAAUGUUGAAAAAAUACACAAAGAUGAAAAUGUGCAUGAGGAUGCCCCAGAAAAAAAUUCUGAUAAUCAAGAAAUACACCAGGAUGGAAACAAACAAUAUGGGGUCACAGAUGAAACUUCUGUCAACCAGGAAAUACAAAUGUUUUCUGAUACUCAAGAAAAACACAAAGAUGGACAAGUAGAAGAAGGGUUCUCAGAGAACAUUCCUGAUAGGCAAGAAAUGCAUCAAGAUAAAAAAGUGCACGAGGACCUCAAAGAGAAAAUGUCUGACAUUCAAGAAAUACAUCUGACUGGAAAAAUACACGAGAAGCACAUAGAGGAAAUGUCUUCUAGCCAAACAAUACCAGAACAGGAAGAAAUACAUGAGGAAAUUAAAGACAACAUUUCUGAUAGCCAGUUUAUAAAUCAGGAUGAAAAAGUACCUGAGGGGCCCAUAGAGAAAAUUUCUGAUAUUCAGGAAAUACACCAAGAUGGAAAAGAAUAUGAGGGAAUCAUAGAUUAUGACAAUCAAGCAAUACAGGAGUUUUCUGAUACUCAAGACAUCCACAAGGAUGGCAUAGUACAUGAGGAGGCGAUAAAGAGCUUUUCUGAUAGUCAAGAAAUACAUCAGAAUGGAGCAAUGCACGAAAGGCCUGCUAGCAAAAUUUCUGACAGUCAAGUACAUGAAUUUUCUUAUAGCCAAGAAGUAAACCAAGAUGGAAAAUCACAUGAAGAAAUCAAAACAAAAAUGCAUGAAGUGGUUAUACAGAAAGUUACUGUUAGUGAAGAAAUAUGCACAUCUGGAGAUGUGCACGAAGAGCUCACAGAGAACAUAUCUGAUGAUCAAAACCUACAAGAGGUUGUUACUAACCAAAACAUACAACAGCAUGGAAACAUACUCAAGGGGAUCUUUGGAAAAAAAUCAGAUAGAGAAGAAGUACGUGAGGAUGGCAAAACCAAUGAGCAGGAAAUAAACAAGAUUCAUGAAAGACAAGAAAUAUGUGAGGAUGGAGAUGAACACAAAGCAAAGUUAUGGAACAUUUCUGACAGUGUGGACACAAACAAGGACAUAAGUGAAGUGAAACAGGUAUUAGAAAUUGUAAGCACCAGUGGAUCAUUACCCAGUAAACAUGACAAAGAAGGAAAAGUGGAAGCAAUAUCAGAAAUGAAUAAGGACUAUGAUGUGCGUGACAUUCCCGAAACAACAGUGGAACAGGAAGUGCUGCUGGAAACUGCUUCUACACAAACGGUAAUAAAAGAAUCACCUUUCCAAGAACAUUUGCUAGAUGAAUCCAUAAACAAAAAAAUAAUUAUGGAGGAUGCAUCUGCACAGGAAGUACAUUCUGAUCAAUUACCCAAAGAGGAUGCAAAAUUACAGGAAAGUAAUAAACACGAUACACUACUAAAUGAAGUGCCUAGCCCAGAAACCUCAUAUGAGGUGGACUCUAUUCUGAAAACUCCAGCUUUAGACAUUUUGCCAGAGGAGGUUAACAGAACAGAAUUAGUAAUGGAGGAGAUUCCAAGGGAGGAAAUGCCACCUGAAAAACCUGCAUACCAGGAAGUACCAGCAGACGAACUCUCGGACCAGAUGUUACAGCAAGAGAACAUUAUUAAAGGGGAAAUGCACACUGAGAACAUUAGUGAUGAGGAUACUAUGGUAAAGAUACAAACAGAGCCCCUAAAUGUAAAAACAGCAGUCCCAGAAAAACCUGCACUUCAAGAUUUUAUAACUAAGGCUGAGGUACUGGAAACAGCCAAUGGCACUAAAACUGAAGAAACAUACCGAACGCUAGGACAGGAAGCUGUAGAUGCUGAGAAAGAUACAAAACAAAAUCCAGAUUAUGUUUAUCACUUGGUAUUUGUUGGAAAUUCAAAUGCUGGAAAAACAACAUUUUUGUGUCGAGUUCAUGAAAAUAUAUUUUUCGCAGGAUUGGCAACAACUGUGGGAGUGGAUUAUCGAAUUAAAACCUUAAUUGUGGAUGACAAGCUAUUUGCUCUACAACUGUGGGAUACAGCUGGACAAGAGAGGUUCCACAGCAUCACAAGGCAAUGCUUCCGAAAGGCAGACGGGGUGGUUGUCAUGUACGAUAUCACUUCUGUGACCAGCUUCACUGCAGUACGGAACUGGAUAUCUUCAGCUCAGGAUGGAGCUAGUGAAGAUGUACCCAUACUGCUUCUUGGCAACAAGCUUGAUAUGUCACAGAAAAGGGAUGUACCAUUUGCAUCAGGAGAACAUUUAGCCAAGGAAUACAACCUGCCGUUUUAUGAAUGCAGUGCACUUUCUGGGGAAAAUGUCAUAGAACCACUGAUCCACUUUGCCAGGGUGCUGAAAGAACAUGAAAAGAUCAUGAAAGAGAAGGCGGUAACACUGGAGGAACAGCCACAGGAAAAAGAGGAGAAGAAGAAGAAGAGUGGGUGUUGUUCCUAAAAUGACUACUUAUGCAAUCCUGCUCUGCCAUGUAAAGGGGAAAAUUAAUAUUUAGAACUGCCAUACAAGCCAGCUAAAGCAAUUCGCAAAACAGUGGCAUGCAACUUGGUGGCAUUAACUUUAGAACACUUUUUUGUGGGCUUCCUUAAUCAAAAUUCAUAAAAAUGUAAAAAAAAAAAAAAAAGGGGGGGUACAGUGCAGAAAGUAGCAUCAUAUCAUUUCUAUAUGUAAAUGCAAAUUGGUUUGUCAUCUUAGUGUUAUAUAGGCUUUUACUAUAAAUAUAGCCUUAAGAAUAAUCUUAACUUUUAUCUGCAAGACAGCAAAUAAUUGAAUAACAAAGAUAAGAAUCCAAAUGCACCUUUUUUGAGGAAUGUUUAUCAUAAGAAUAACUGCUGCAGAAGUUUCCUUAGCUAGAUUUUUAUCAGUAGUGGGAUAUCCCUGUAGGUGUGUGGAUGUGCAGUUCCAGCUGUGCCCAUCAGCAAGAACUUGUGUCUAAAGGACAGUGCAUGUGUACCCUAACUGCAUUCUCUUUUUGCUGUCCAAAGUUAACUGCCCUGCCUUCCCACACUGUGGUUCACUAGAUGCUCAGUCAUGCACCGGACUGUCAAUCCCAGCAUAGCAGGUACACUAUUUCUAUUGCUUUUUAUACUCUAAUUGAAGACCUCAGCUCAAAGACCUAGAAAAAUGCAAGGUUUCUAUGAAAAUAAGUUAGUUGCCCUGAUUUCUCAAUCCCUCCUGUCUCAGUUUCUGUUUUUACUCCUUCUCCAAAGCAGAGGAAAAUUACUAAGAAUACAUUUUUUUGAAAUGUCCACUAAAAAAUAGAAGAAAUAAUAGAGGAAAUCUUUUGUUCAUAAACCUAAAGACUAAAAACAAUGAAUCAGACAUCUGAUUCACUAGAGAGUCAUAUGCUUUAAAUGAAAGUCACAUGAACUUUAUUCACCAAAAUGAAGUAUGCUGAUAGUCCAUAUGCUGAGGCUGAAGUCACUAAAACCAUUGAAGUCCCUUCAUUAUCUCUUCAUUUGAACAUUUCUUUAACCCUCUGCUUACAAACCCAAACUUUCAGCCACAUUCUCCUAGAAAAGUCCGUAUGGCAUCCAAGACCAAUUUAAAUAUUUUACACAAAUAUCAUGCGACUAAUUCUACUGUUGUGGGUUUUUGUAUUUAAAAUAUCCAUUCUUCUGUUCCUUACAUUUAUAAUGCGCAGUAUGUAUUCACUCAUAAAUUAUGUAUGUAUGUAUAUAUACAUAUAUAUAUAUAUAUAUAUAUAGAGAGAGAGAGAGAGAG